AUGUCUGGUUCGGGUCCUCAAAGCGGUGGUGCUACUUCUACAGAGCGAACCUCGCUGCUCCAGCCUGCACGGAGCCUAUCGCGGAACGGCUCCGGCGGCACGCCGAACCAUGGAGCAGCUGCUCAAGCAUCCAGCAAUGGCAGCCCACUCUAUUUAGCCGAUCAAAGGCCAAGAGGAGUCGACCUUGCGACCUCGCACAAGGUCUCGAUCCUCGUAGGAACAUUCGUCGCCGUCUUCGUUGGCUCGAUCGACACGACCGUCACCGCCUCAUUGAUCCAGCCGAUCUCGGCCGACUUGCACGCUUCGCAUCAAGCAUCCUGGUUGGGAACGUCGUAUCUCCUCGCAUCUUUAACCUUUACACCCUCCUACGGUCGACUCUGCGACAUUCUCGGGCGUCGUUACGCGAACGCUUCCGCAAUCACCUUGUUCUUGCUCGGGACGUUGGGAUGCGCUUUAGCCCCGAGUAUGCCCUGGUUGAUCGCAGCAAGGUUUUUAGCCGGGUGCGGAGGAGGUGGGAUGACGACGACUAGUGCGGUCAUUACCGCUGAUCUUUUCUCACUCAAGGACCGCGUGCUCAUCGGUGGUGUCUCGAGCGUCGUUUGGGCCGUAAGUCAUCUCCAGCCUUCGGCCGAAGGAAAUCCCUGACCGAGCUGACGGCUGCCCGUUGUUGAUCCCCAUAUCAGUCCGGUUCCGCGUUUGGUGGACCCUUUGGUGGCUUCAUUAGCGAUCUGUACGGAUGGCGAGCUGCGUUCAUCAUUCAGGGCAGGUCUCAGAACCACGCUCCGAGCUCUGGUACCUUGGGCUGCGUCUGACGCUAACCUCUCCUCUCCACGCGAUCUCGAUUUUGUAGUGCCCAUCCUGCUCUGCACUCUGCUUGGAGGCUUGGUGUUCAUCAAGUACUCUGUCGAGGUCGCGGCGUCUCGAUCCACACGCGAGACGCUCUCCCGAAUCGACUUUGGCGGGUGUGCUUCGCUCUUCUUCGCGUUUGCCGGCUUUCUGACGUCUCUCAGUCUGCGUAACAACGAGCUUCUACCUUGGUCGGAUCCCAGAGUGAUCAUCUCGACCGCUCUUACGCCCAUUUUUCUAGCUGUCUUUGUCUACGUCGAGAGCAACCACGCUCGAGAACCGAUCCUCCCUCUUGGGUUCUUGCGUCAGCGGACCCCCUUCUUCGUCUUGGCCGUGACGAUCCUGAUGGCGAUCAGCAAUUUCGCCCUCAUGUACCAUCUUCCAAUCUACUUCCUCGCUGUUGAAUCGACUUCGGCGGGCACGGCAGGUGCUCACCUGUUGCCGACCAGUGCUGCUGCCGCUGUGGGUGGUAUCGCGAGUGGGAUCUUUGUGCAUCGGACUGGCCGGUAUUGGCUCUCGGGUCUGAUUGUUUCGGUCAUAGGAGGUGAGAGUCGAGGCUCUUGAAAAACAAUCUGAUCAGCGACUGACAUGUUGACCUCGUAUCUCCAUGAACAGCUUUGUCAAUCUACUCGACUCUAUCCCUCCGCCCUUCCUCACCGGAGCUCUUCAAAUGGCUCCUCGUCGUCCCCUUCGGUUUCGCGCUUUCGUUCUCCCUCUCCGCGACCUACGCAGCCAUGAUGGCCUUCAUCCCUCCAUCCCAAAUCUCCAUCGUCACCGGCGCGACCUGGUUAUUCAGAUCCUCCGGUCAAAUCAUCGGUGUUGGUGUGUCCUCCGCCGUUUUCCAAGGAUUGCUCGUCACGGCCUUGAGGAAGGAGAUAACGGGACCCGAGGCGGAGGGAUUGAUCAAGGCCAUUCGGGAAGAUUCGACGGUGUUGAAGACGCUGCAACCGGAGUUGGAGAAGGCGGCGAGGAACGCGUUCGCGAUGGCUGUGAAAGGAGCUUUUGGAGUCUCGGUCGUCAGUGUCACGCUUUCGGUUGUCAGCUUUGCUUUUGUGAGUACGGAAAAAGGGUGUCGUCGAGGUACGCGCCGGUGCUGAUGCGUCUGAGUACUAUUUUUAUGAAACAGAUCCCCGUCUUGUCGUUGGAGGAGAAGGAGACCACCGCCUUAGCUGAGGUAGCCGACGCUUAG